UAGCCCCUAGCUUAAUAAUAGGGGCCACUAUAGAUCAGUGACUUUGUUUCCUCAUUUUUGUUCCAUAGAUGAAAACCGAAACUCAUCGACCAAAACUGUCAUUAUUCAGCCCCAAACGUACAUCGCGGCGGUAUGCAGAUCUUCAUCAAAACCCUCACCGGCAAGACCAUUACGUUGGAGGUCCAGAGUCCAGAUACCAUCGACAAAGUCAAGGCCAAGAUUCACGACAAGGAAGGUAUUCCUCCUGAUCAGCAAAGGCUUAUUUUCGCCGGAAAGCAGUUGGAAGAAGGCAAAACCCUGUCGGACUACAAUAUUCAAAAGGAAUCCACUGUUCACCUCGUCCUUCGUCUCCGAGGUGGGAUGCAGAUUUCCGUCAAGACCUUAACUGGAAAAACUUUCACUCUGGAGGUUGAAAGCUCUGAUGGGAUUCACAAUGUCAUGGCUAAGAUAGACCAUAAGGAAUCGACGCUGAAUAUCGUCCUCCGUCGUCACGGCGGGAUGCAGAUCUUUGUCAAAACGUUAACCGGUACGACAAUCCCUUUGGAAGUUGAAGGCUCCGAUACGGUUGAUAAAGUGAAGGCUAGGGUUCAGGACAAAAGCAUUCCACUGAAUCAGCAGAUUUUGACCUUUAACGACAAGCAGCUUGAGGAUGAUAGAACUGUGGGCAGUUAUAACAUCGAACAAGAAUCUACGCUGGAUCUGGUUCUAAAGUCUGGAGGGGUCAUCCGGUUUUUUGUUAAAUGUGUUACAGGGAAGACCAUUACGCUGGAUAUGAAAAGCUCGGACACCAUUAAUGAUAUGAAGUCAAUGAUUCGUGACAAAGAAGGUAUUCCGGUUGAUAAACAAAGGUUUUUAUUUGCUGGGAAGCAAUUAGAAGAUGAGUGGACUUUGGAUGAUUAUAAUAUUCAGGAGGGGUCUACUGUGCACCUUGUCUGCCGCUUGCGUAGGUAAACUGGAAACUUUUUAGUAUUUUUGUAAUCUGGUUGCUGCUGUUGCGUAAUCUAGUUAUGGAUAGCAGCUGAAAAUAUCGUUCUAAGUGAAAAAUGAUGGUUGUGUUUUGGGUUUAUCUCAUAUUAAGUAAUUCUUAGUUUAUCCAGACAAA